AUGAGGGGCUCUCUAUACGAAGAAAGCCUUGAUGAGGAGACGCGUAGGAGUCUUCGACAGGAAAACAGGAAUAUCUUCAAGACUCUAUGCUUCGGAACGGUCAUAUUUCUUGUAUUUACUCUUGCUGCAAUGAUCAUCACUGCACUUGCUGCGAACCCAUCCAAUUCAAUUCAUGCAAUUAAUGCUAAGCGAAAUGCUCAGAAACCUCAUGUGAUAAGAAUUCCACAAUACGACCUAAUGGUGGACAACCGAGUAGAAGAAAUAGAGGGAGAAGAAGUUAGAUAG